GCAGGGGAGUGACAAGGGGGGCAUUGAUGGCACUGCAAGACUCUGUCUUAGAGGGUGUUGUUCCCACGGUGCUAUUCACUGUCUAACAGGUCAAGAAGAACAAGGAGGGGAGGAGGAGGAGGACAUCGCCGACAAGCAACGUCGUGCACCGGCAGGACUCGCCUCGCUUCCAGGAGCCGCCGGGAGUUAUAAACGAGAUGGAGGGCGUACAUUGCCAAGCCAUUCAUGCCCACAAGCAAUACUAGUCAUACCAUUCACACCUUGACAACUAUCCUACCUCUACUACUCGCUGCUCACACAUGCCACUCGUACUGUCCAGCGGCGCCCUUGCGGCUACUUCCACAAUGGCCUGCCCUUCCACCAGGGUAGGUCUCUUGGCUGCCGGCAGAGGUGCAUACCGAUCCGCCAGCAUCCACACACUAGGAGGUGGCCCCUCGCGCUCCUAUGCUCUACCGGCCCCUCGCAGAGUACCUGGCCUUGGAGCUCCGGUCUGUCUGUUAUCAGCUCCACUGCUCACGCCAUCGACACGAGAGUAUGCCACUAUCAGUCAGGACAGCCAGAAACAGGGUCAGGCUCCCACUCCCCCACCGGCUACUUCUCCAACAGAGACUCACUCCCCUCUGCAAAUGUCUCAGCUGGAGAUUGAAAGAGUCAAAGACUCGUACGUCAUGGACCACCACAUCUACGAAAAAGAUCACCUCGAUGGCGUGACAGUCCUGCACCACAAGCCUCAAGGCAUCUCCGAUCGUAUAGCCUGGACCUUGGUCAAAACGAUGAGGACCACCUUCGACGUUGCCACGCGCUACCCUUCUUCCAAUACCCGCUUCCCCGCAAUUGCAAAGGAGAGACAGGAAGAAGUGGUGGAGAGCAAACAAGAGGGGGAGAAGGCAAUGCCUCUCAAAGAGAUGAGGGAGAAGGGCUUGUGCUUUGGUCCAGAUCAAUGGUUGACCAGGUUCAUCUUCCUCGAGUCAGUCGCUGGAGUACCCGGCAUGGUAGCCGGUACAGCUCGCCACCUCCACUCGCUUCGACUACUGCGACGCGACCGCGGCUGGAUUGCCACCUGUCUCGAAGACGCUGAGAAUGAGCGCAUGCACCUCCUCACCUUCCUCGCCAUCCGCCAACCCGGCGCAGUGAUGCGAGCUCUACUGCUUGGCACUCAGGGACUCUUUUACAAUUUCCUCUUCCUCUUCUACCUCGCCACGCCCAAGACGGUUCAUCGCUUUGUAGGCAUCCUGGAGGAAGAGGCAGUGUACACCUAUACCCGCGUCAUCGAGGAUAUUGAAGCUGGAAGACUGCCCGAGUGGGAGAACUUCCCUGCGCCGGAGAUUGGAAAGGAGUACUGGAAGCUGGGAGAGGAUGCCAAGAUGCUGGACCUGCUCAAGGUUAUCAGAGCCGAUGAAGCUGGCCACCGCUUCAUCCACCACACUCUAGCCAACCUAGACCAAAAGCAGGACAUUAACCCCUUUUCCAUUGCCACGCCCUCGCCAGGCAUGAUCGGCACCAAGCUCAACCUCUCCCGCGAAGAGUCAUUGCGCUUUAUUGAGCAGGCAAAACAGAUGGGCCCGACAAAGGCAGAGGUGGUACAGGCGGAGGACGUGGUGCAGAGGGGCAAGCAGGAGGGAAGCGCUUGAGUCGGCAGACACGGG